UUUUUAAAAAUUUCUGCAAGGCAAACCAGAUAUACUUCUCGCACACCCACAGGAGCUCGUCACUGCAUUUCUUUCAAUUCCACCGUUUAUACAAUUGUUUUUAGGUUUUUCACUUUCAUUUGCCAGACUUUUCUUUUCUAUUGCAUGGGAACUCUCACAAGCUGUAGUUUUAGCACCCUGAAUUUGAGACUCCGUUCAGUUCCCCGGGAGAGAUUUCCUUCUUUUUACCUCAAGGAGAAGGAAAAGAACAAAGCCAUUUCAUGCUUCUUGUGCAGAGGAAUUUCAAAGAGGGAAAUUUCGUUUGCAAAUUUCAGUACAAUUAGGUGUUUUAGCACUAAUAAUGAUAGUCAUAGCGAUUUAGAUAACAAUAAGAAUAAUAACAGUGAGAAUGAUAUUAAAGAUUCCAAUGUCAAAACGGCGUCGUCGGAAGAGAAGAACGGCGGCGGCAGUGACUUUGGGUCCGAUAAGACAACUACUUCUGUUUCUUCAACGCCGCCAUCUGUAUCUCCAGUUGGACCAGCUUACAACAAUUUCCAAGUUGACUCUUUCAAAUUGAUGGAGCUUCUUGGACCUGAGAAGGUUGAUCCAACUGAUGUAAAGCUAAUAAAGGACAAGCUUUUUGGUUAUUCAACCUUCUGGGUAACAAAAGAAGAGCCAUUUGGAGACUUUGGUGAAGGCAUUCUUUUCCUUGGUAAUUUAAGGGGAAAUAGAGAAGAUGUUUUUGCCAAGCUCCAGAAUCAGCUGGUUGAGGUCACAGGUGAUAAAUACAACCUUUUUAUGGUGGAGGAACCCAAUUCAGAUGGACCAGACCCCCGUGGAGGGCCACGUGUUAGCUUUGGUUUGCUACGGAAAGAGGUAUCAGAACCGGGGCCAACAACCCUUUGGCAAUAUGUGAUUGCUCUUUUGCUAUUCCUAUUAACCAUUGGCUCAUCCGUGGAAUUAGGAAUUGCAUCUCAGAUCAAUCGUCUUCCUCCAGAGGUAGUGAAGUACUUUACAGAUCCAAAUGCCGUUGAACCACCAGAUAUGGAACUACUAUUCCCAUUUGUGGAGUCAGCUUUGCCCUUAGCUUAUGGCAUAUUGGGAAUUCUGUUAUUUCAUGAACUUGGGCACUUUCUUGCUGCUUUCCCAAAGAAAAUAAAGCUAAGCAUUCCUUUCUUCAUUCCUAACAUCACCCUUGGCAGCUUUGGUGCCAUCACCCAGUUCAAAUCUAUUCUUCCUGAUCGGAGCACAAAAGUUGACAUUUCACUUGCUGGUCCAUUUGCCGGCGCUGCACUCUCUUUCUCGAUGUUUGCUGUUGGCCUGCUGCUCUCAUCAAAUCCAACUGCUGCAGGAGACUUAGUGCAGGUCCCUAGCAUGCUGUUUCAAGGCUCCUUGCUUCUUGGACUCAUCAGCAGAGCCACUCUUGGUUAUGCAGCAAUGCAUGCUGCAACAGUUUCUAUCCAUCCUCUAGUGAUUGCAGGCUGGUGUGGCUUAACUACAACAGCUUUCAAUAUGCUUCCAGUGGGUUGCCUUGAUGGUGGAAGAGCUGUACAGGGUGCUUUUGGGAAAAAUACACUAUUUGGGCUAGGCUUGACGACUUACACAUUGCUCGGUUUGGGAGUGCUUGGGGGACCGUUAUCACUUCCAUGGGGACUCUACGUCUUGAUAUGUCAGAGGGCUCCAGAGAAACCAUGCUUAAAUGACGUGACAGAGGUCGGAACAUGGAGGAAAGCAGUUGUUAUCACAGCUAUUUUCCUAGUUGUGUUGACUCUCCUUCCGGUAGGGGAUGAGCUUGCUGAGGAGCUAGGCAUAGGUCUUGUAACCACAUUUUGAUGUAUAGAUGAUAAAUGGUACAUAGAAUAAAGCCAGUUUUGACAUAUUAUUGAUAGUCGAGUUUAUAGCAAGAGCGUAUUGUAUUGCUUAUGUAAUAUUAACUAAUCAUUUUUGUUAUAAAUUAACCAUUUUUCAUGUAA